ACCGCUCGAAAGACAGAGGUCUACCACGAGGGGAGGGGAGGGGAGGGGAGGUGAGGUUGUUUACGAAAUUCGCGGUGAGGAAGCUCUAAAAAUGAAUAGAAAUUGAGCAUAGGGAGAGAGCGGCGUGGCGCAUUGUAUACAAGGGGGAAAUUGAUCGUCUCUGUACGCGAAAGUUUACCGCCCGCCCUUGGAACCUCUAUUCCUCUCUCUCUCUCUCUCUCUCUCUCUCUCUCUAAGGAAGCCGAGCAAAACUUGGAGCAAAUUACACAAAAAUGUCUCGGAGAUAUGAUAGCAGGACCACUAUUUUCUCGCCAGAAGGUCGACUUUACCAGGUCGAAUAUGCCAUGGAAGCCAUUGGAAAUGCAGGAACAGCAAUUGGGAUCUUAUCCACAGAUGGAGUUGUCUUAGUGGGAGAGAAAAAGGUUACCUCUAAACUCCUUCAAACCUCAAAAUCCACUGAAAAAAUGUACAAAAUAGAUGACCACCUCGCUUGUGCGGUAGCUGGAAUCAUGUCUGAUGCCAAUAUUUUGAUCAACACUGCUCGGGUUCAAGCCCAACGGUACACAUACGCAUAUCAAGAGCCAAUGCCAGUUGAGCAGUUGGUUCAAUCUUUGUGUGAUACAAAGCAAGGUUAUACUCAAUUCGGUGGGCUUCGACCAUUUGGGGUGUCAUUUCUGUUUGCAGGUUGGGAUAAGAACUUUGGGUUUCAAUUGUAUAUGAGUGACCCAAGUGGAAACUAUGGUGGUUGGAAAGCUGCAGCAAUUGGGGCCAAUAACCAAGCUGCCCAAUCAAUGCUAAAACAGGAGUAUAAGGAUGAGAUCAAUACAGAGGAGGCGGUUCAGCUCGCGCUCAAGGUUCUCAGCAAGACGAUGGAUAGCACGAGCUUGACUUCGGAGAAGCUCGAGUUGGCUAAAAUAUACUUGCCAUCACCCUCUGGUGAGGUGAAGUACCAAGUUUGCUCGGCUGAUUCGCUAGAGAACUACUUGGUGAGGUUUGGGGUCACCCAACCUCCUGCUGAUGCCUCUUGAGAAUCAUGUUGAGGUUUUCAUAAUGUUAGACAUUUUGGGGAAUUUGUUUUUUUGUUGCUUUUUCUUUAUUUGGAUUUUGGUUAGUAGACAUUUGAGUAAGAUUGUGCCAUCAUGUGGACAUGCAUUUGGCUGGUUAGGCUUCAUUGCAUGUCCCUUGACAAACUUGUGCUUUACUUCUAUCUAAUACACUCUUUACUGAAA